AUGCCGGGCGCCGCCGGCGUGGCGCGCUACGGCGCCGGUUCCCUGCAGAAGUGCGCGAGCAUCGCUUUCGGCGCCAGCUACGAGCCGCCGGCACUGGGGACCGGCGCCUCCAGCUCCCUCGAGUUGCCCGAGUCCUUCUCGCCGGUGGCGGGGCCCAACUCGCCCAGGCUGUCGCCCACGCAAUCCCCGGCCCAUCGGGCGCCGCUUAAGCACUACCGCGCUUCCACUGAAAAACUGGACACCACCUUCACGCGUUCGAGGUCGUCAAGCACUUCGAGUUUGGAGAACGUGAGCUCGGAAGCUAUCCAGAGCUUGGCUUUCUUCGAAGCUUUUGCUCGUAAAGGAGACAUCCACACUAGCCCAACGUUGUGGGUCGGGACGAGCCUGGGAUCAGUGCUCGUGGUUGUGCUUAGCUUCCCGCUGACGGCGGAGCAACGUGCCACACAACCCAUUUGCAUCUCUCCGAGCGGAACGAUAUUCCGAUUGAAGGGACGGAUAGUGAGCAUCAUGUUGUUGGACCAGAAUGGGACAUUUAUUCAGCAACCUUCGCUGUCCUGGAAAGAGCAGCCGAGCAACUUGCGUGAUGGCGAAUCGCGACUUCCUGCGUCCAACGUUCCAUCAGGCGACGAGGGUGAAUGUCAGUUCACGGUCGUGGUGAGCGACAAGCAGAUCCGCGUGGUCUCCUUGCCUUCGCAUUCCGUCUUGUAUCAAACUGGCGUGACGGACAAUUCGUCGGUGUUGCGUGCAGCGAGGACUUCCAUUGACGGUCAAGAGGCAUUGGUUUGUUUCGUUGCCACUGGACACCUGGCCGUGUUUUCUUUGCCCAGCUUGCGAGUGGUGUACAACGUCGACUUCUUAUCUGCGAACAGCAAAAGUUUUGCCAGGAUUGAGAACACGUUCACUAUCGGCAACUAUGGACUCGGACUAUAUAUGGCUUCUCCGAAUGAAAUUCAACGGUUUUCUUUGGGAGCAGCUUAUAGUUCCAACUUGAGCGAAAUGCUCGCAGAAUGUCACGUGACUCAGGAAAUGCCGGAAGCUCCGAAAGAAUCCUUCUUGAAGGCCUUGCUUACGAGUGUUGGAACGACGAAGCCUGUGGACAGGGAUGAACUCUUUGGCGAGACGAGCGGGAAGCCUACGAGAGGAGUUGUAAAACCAGGACCGAAUCUGGACAAAGCCAAAGAGAAGAGUGGUGGAGCGACGAAUGAGAUCGCGAAGGCAUUGCAAGCGACUCACGAGCGCGGGGAGAAGCUAGGCCAGCUUAGCGACGUAUCUGAACGACUAAACGCGGAUUCGCAGCAGUUUGCUCGUUCUGCGCGUGAUCUCCUGUCCAAGCAGAAGGACAAGAAAUGGUAUCAACUGUGACGUAUCCCGCUCGGUUGACAUGUGCGCCGGAAUGCACUCGUGAAAACAGGAGGGAGAAACCAACCCUUUGCCUUCAGAGAAUAUACAUUUUUCCAUGUUGUAGGCGAGUGACUUAGCCUUGUUAGUCAUUGGUUGGAGCGCGGGUCUUUGAAAUGUUUCAUCUUAUCGAGUGUUUCGUGAUUGCAUGAGAAAACAAUUACCUCGUCGUCGUUGAUGAGCCCCAGCUGCCGUUGCAGAACUUCUGAUUUCCGGAAACUUGGUUUCGCGUUUCUAAAUGAAAUCCCGCGGUUGGUCCCCUUGAAGUUGCAUGUGUGCACUGCCUCUGCAGAACUACCAUAUCGCCAAUUAUUUAAUUGGGCUUUGAAGACCAAUGUUUUUUUAUGAUUAACUUUUUCGAAGUAUUUCCCGGGAAGUGGAGAAUUUUUCGGAAAAAAUAAUUCCGUAAUUGUUUUGUCAUGCACUUGACGCAGCAGGUAUGAUGAACUGUGAGAAGGACAAGGUCGCUUUAGAGGAGUUCUCUGGCUACCCCACGCGAGGUAUUGGUCAUUGGAAGCGAGGACACCCUUAUUUUGUUUUCCGUCUUCGGUAGGAGAGCUCCAGGAAUUCUGAGCUCGCUGUGAUUUGUUGCAUUCCCACGCAUUUGAUCUUCAUCGUAUGUCUGACCUGGAUGGCGAAGGGAUUUUAGAGGAAAAUACUAUGGUGCAAGUUUUAGCCGGUUUCGAGUGGCGUCACGUUCGAGGCGGUUUCAUGACGGAAGUUACGUUACGAUCGGCAAUGUUCUAACUUCUUUCGAAAGUGAGUUCACUGAUGGGUAAGCGAGUGAGUGGAAAGGCGGUGGUGAUUUGUGUAUACGUUAUUUGAAUCAACCGAAGGUUUUCCUUUUUUCUAAGAAUUGCUUACGGACUGUGGGAGCGGGAAGGGUGGAGCCUGAUCUGCUGAAAUAUUUUAACGCUGUUCUGAGUUUGCCAAAAGGAAAAUUGAAGCCACUUUCUGUAACUUUUGUUCAUGGUGCAGGUUUUAAGUGCUUCUCUUUUUUUUGUGGAUCCAAGUCGCGAAAGAAGCGACGGAGAGGAAUUUCAAAUGCUCUGCGACAUUCUUCCUACUUCGUGACCUGAACUACCUUUCAGUAAACGAAAUUAUCAGUAUCUGGCGGAAACGUUUAUCCUGCUACAGAAUUUCUCGAAGUCUUGAAUUUAUUUUCUCGACAAGGUCAGCGUUUAUUUUGAGUAUUUAUUUACGUUUGGUGAGGAUCACUGGCGAGCGCUUUCUUGUUUUCGUUUAUCUGCUUGCUUUAAAAGUUGUCUUAGGUUUCAAGGCGCGUAAAGUGUCUUGACAAGUUUGAUAUUUCUUUGAUCCAUCGUUUUUUUCUCUUUCCGAAUGAUUUUAUUUAUUGCUGCCAGUUUUUAUGUUCGAUUUUGCUUAGAAAAGCGCGUGCUAGUCGUUGCGGAAACAUAAGCUGAGAAGAUGCCAAUGCGCAGGGGGUUGAAAAAUGGUUGAACUAGUCGAAAAUGUGUCCGUUCAUUUCUGUUAUUCCCUAUCCAGUCCCUAGUUUAUGAUGUUUAAUUCCCUUCGCAUUGGUGUCGCCUAAAUCUUAGUGCAUUCCUUUGGAUUACAUUUCUGUAGAAAUGGUCGAGGGAUUAAGACAGGUCGAGUGUUCGAAUAUUUCUAUUUCCUACGUCGAGGUCAAUCGGUUAUCUUCAUUUAGAUUUGAGACGAAGGCGACACCUGGCUUUAGUUUCAAACUAAUUGAAAAACUUUUUGAAGCGGAGAAGCACUGUACCAAAAGAUCCUUGAUUGAAAAAUCUUGUUUGCGAAUUUUCUCCCGAGGCCUUACAGGUGAAAUACUGCGUCGACUCAUCCAACUUCCGCUUUUCAAACUUCGUGAUCAAUGGGAAGGAAAUAUUCCGGUGUGAAAGAUGAUUAAUGAAGGAAGUCGUUUUUUGCUUCCUUUAGAAUUUGUGCGACAUCCUUAUCACCCUCGCUCUUUUUCCAACGUUUUCACUCGCGUGGUUUUUCUGAUUGAACGCCUGAUCGGAGAUCGCCCGCAUGCGCCAAAUGAGAAACGUUUCCGUGGAUCAAGAUUUACUUUGAAAAAAUUGUUAUUCGAAGGAUGAUUUUAAAAGGGGGUCCUUUUGUUAACUUAUGUUGAAUCUCCGCGUUCUCCGUUGCUGGCGUUUAAGGGGAAAACCCCGCUCAAAUGUUGCAGCGUACAAAAAGUUGGUUCUGUUUCGUGAGUUUACACAUUCUUGACAAAAAAAGAAGAAACAUUCCUUGCGAGUGCGAGGGAGGGAGCGUGCCAGGUUGGAAAAAAUUUGAAACAGAAGAGAGGUUUACACGUGUUCGUGCAAUCAGUGCUUUGUUGCAAACGGAGAAGUACGUAUAAUGAAAUCCGUGGCGGAAUGCUAGUCGCGAAGGAAUCGAGUAUGACGAGAGCGAGACAAAAAGAAACUAUCGGUGUUCCCGAGUCUUUGGCCGGGUUUCCAUUUCAUUUUUACCCGAAGGAAAAAUUGUUGCCGUUGUUGCUUCUGUUCGUUUUGGGUUUCCGUGCGAACAAAUUGUUCGGCUUGUGCUAUGUAUUUGUUACAUUUUUUGGUGACGGUGAUUGUUCGGUUUCGUGAGCUACCAAUACGUGGUGUUUUUACCUGUUGGCGCGACCAAUGUCGCUUGGAUAGUAGACCUGUUGUGAUCGAUUCAGUCUCGGGAAGCUCCUGGCGAUUCGCUGAAAACAAGGCCCACGAGUGUUUUUUUUUUUUUUUAAACAGUGGAUCCCACCGUUGACAUUUCUGCUUUUAACAUUCCACUCUACAUGAAUGGUCUUACGGAGAUGGUGUCAGGCUACCGUUGAGAUCAGCGAGGAUCCAUUCUUGUGAUUGUUCCGCGGUGAAGGCGACGAGAAAUGUGGAACGGAGACGUGGGGGGAGGAGAGAAUGGGAAAAUGAAUUUCCGGGUAUUCCUUCUGACAUAUACGUUUUGGUAGUUUCAUCAGUACGUGUGCGACGGGAAAUCUGGGAAAUAAUAAAGCUGGGCGUUAGAAACACAA